AUGCUUUAUUGUUUACACACCGAACAAACACAAUCACCAAAUUCUCCGCCCUCACCGUCAAAUUAUUCUACAAUUGACAAAUCCGAAGUUUCAAAAUUCAGCCAAUUAGCUAACGAAUGGUGGUCUCCAAAUGGGCCUGUAAAAUUACUUCAUAGUAUGAAUCCAUUAAGAAUAUCAUACAUUCGUGAGCAAUUAGGAAAGAAUACUUUCGGGGUUGGUGAUAAUGAUGUCAAAGAUAAUCCAUAUGGUAAAGCGUCUCAGUCACCACUGGUUUCACAUCACCACCUUCCGUUUAAAGGAUUAAGAAUUUUGGAUAUAGGAUGCGGUGGUGGUGUCUUAACUGAGGCAUUAGUGAGGCUAGGCGGCUCGGCUAUUGGAGCAGACGCGUCAGAUGAAAACAUCAAAAUCGCACAAUUACAUGCACGAAAAGAUCCAAGUUUACACAUUGGACCCGGUAGUUUAGAAUAUCGAUGUAUAACGGCUGAAAAGUUAUUAGAACAAGGAGAGACAUUCGAUGUUGUUUGUGCGAUGGAAAUUAUUGAACACGUAAUUAACCCUGCGGAAUUUCUUAAGGCUUGCGCAGGAUUAGUGAAGCCUGAAGGCGGGCAUUUGUUUCUUUCAACAAUUUCUCGGACACCUUUAUCAUAUUUCUUGACAAUCUUAUUAGCAGAAAAUCUAUUUAAAUUGGUACCACAGGGAACGCAUGAUUUUCAAAAAUAUUUAAGGCCUGAUGAGUUGCAAAAUGUAAUUGAAAAUGAAGACAAAUAUGCUAAAGUUAAAGAUAUAACAGGAAUUGGACUUAAUCCUAUAACUGGAACAUGGUAUAAAUUACCAAAUUGGAUGCCUGGAAGUUCGGACGUAAAUUAUUUAUUAACGGCGCAGAGGUUUUAA